CCGACCAACGCAUCGUUCGGAACUGGCCGAUCUUGACAGCGUACGUAGCAUUGGAUCACCGUCGCUCUAUAGCGAGUUCUCAAGCCAUGUCCCUUGGAGACUCUUCUCGUGAAUCAACGGACAAGUCCAAGUCUCGCGAGUCGCUUGGAGUUGGCCUGCCGCCGUGGAUUCGCGAAAUCGGCGACUCGAUGAAGUCAAAGAAACGAGAACUGCUUAGCCACGCGACCACGUUGUACGCCAGCAGCACGCAUACCAUCUCCGCUCUCCGGCCAACGACAUUCAAUGCCGACAUGGCGGCGCAUAGUUUGGACCAGUUGAAGUCCAUCUUCCCCACGUGGGACGCCAGCACACUGCAACUCAUGCUCGAAGCGCACGGUUAUGUCAUGGACGACGCCAUCACGUCGUUGCUGCAAAUGGAGGACGAAACCGAGCAGGAGCACAAUAUGCGACAGGGCUGGUCCAGCCAAUCUGCCGCGUCGUUGCCGUUUGCGUACGUGGUCAAGCAUCCUCUUCCAGACGACUUCCUUCGGGUGCCAGGCGAAGGCGCGAUGCCGUCCAGCCCACUUCACGCUCCUCCUAUGACCGCUUUCGACGAUGUGGAUGAGGACAUUGCGAGCAUGCCAUUACAUCCCGAAGACUUGACGCGGCAGGAAAGCUCGUACGCCCACGAUGACGGCACAGUGUACGGCCGCGAAUUUAUCGACGGUGACACCAUGAUGAUGCCACCAUCGUCACCAACUCCCAUGGCGAUUCCUGUCGUCGUCGAGACAUGUGACCCUUCACCCUUUGCAAGGGCGUGCGAAGGCGACCGUCGAUAUCCGCGGACGCGGCGGCCGUUGGGCCGGCCCAACUCGCGUACCGACAGCCUCUUUGCCAAGCUCACGGUGAUCAAGCGAAGCAAACUGGACAUUGUGAGCGCCGAAGACCGUAUCCGGACGCGAGAACCGCACCGGUUGUUGGACUGCUUGACCAAGGCCAGUGGACUGUAUCGCAGCGGACUGAUUGGGAGCGACGAGCUGGAGAACUUGCGCUCGAUGAUCGUUACGAGGAUGUCUUCCAAAGGGCAUGGCGGGGACGCGACUAGUACUACUAGUACUACUAGUGGACACAAUGCGAUGAUGAUCACAGACCACCAGUGGAAUUGCUUGGUGCUGAAAUGCAAAAAUCUCCGCCAUGCGUUAUCGAUUCGAAUUAUCAAAGCCAUCACGACCAGCCAACACACGGAAUACGAGAUCCGAACGAGCGAUUUAGAGACUGGGGUUGUCGUGUUUACUCGGCGCCGAUUCAAAGAAUUCCAUAAGUUCCACCGCAAGCUGACAGCCCUCACGACUCGCGUGAAUGGGUUUCCGUUUCCAUCGCGGCAGACGGGGCUGGGCAAGAAAGAGGACCCGCGCGUGGCGGCGCAGCGGCAGCCGGCGCUCGAAGCCUACCUCCGCCUCGUGGCGUCGCUCGUGACCCCGUCGCCGCUCACGGGUGCCCGCGCCGGCGCCCUCUCGCUCCUCCAGACGUUCCUGUCUCUGCCGGACUCGGCUACCCUCUUCCACAACACGACACUGCCGGGCAUCCGUGCCCUACGGGUGUACGCUUUCCACGUGCUCCAGGAUAUCACGACCCCCGAAGGAAAAGUAUGCCGCAAGUUCCUGGCCAAACCAGUUUGCACGUCUGCGGCACUGGACGAGCUAGGGCAAGUGCUGGACAACGUUCAAUCGUACAUGAUGGAGCAUCGUAUGGCCGAUAUGAAGACCCAUGUGCAUGCGUUUAUAACAAGCAGCGCACGAAAGACACCCAGUGGCAAGCUGGAAAUGUGCGACGAGGUAGAGGAAGAAGAAGAGGUCGUCGCGUAUGAAUGGAUCUCGGAUGCGAUCCGACACGAGGUUGAAGAGUGUGUGUGUGUGCCGGUGCUGCCGGCGCUGUGGACGGCGCUGGAAGCCAGCAUGCGGACGAAGGAGGCGGCGGUGAAGGCGCGCAUGGCUCGACUGGCGAAACAAAGUCAGGCGUCGUUUGAAAUCUCAGACCACACAGCCAGCGUCAGUGGCUGGCGCGACGCCAUCCGCGUGCUGAAAGAGGUGGACGCGAUGUACCUGCCCGUGGACAAGAUGCGCAAGCUGCUUGAAUGUGCGCUGACCGUGCACCGGACGUUCCAGCGGGAGCACGGACACUCGCAGGUGCUGAGUGGAGACGACUUUUUGCCCAUCUUUAUUUACGUGAUUGUCAACGCCGACAUGUCCAACCCCCUCGUCCUUCUCCGCGUGCUCAAUGUGCUCAGUGACCCGGAAAAGCGCAUGGGCGAAAGUGGGUAUUACCUCGCGUCCUAUGAAGCGGCGCUGGAGCAUUUGAUGGCAGAUGAAUGAUAAUAGAGUUUGCAGGACUCCCAAAACCUACACAAAUCACUUGCACAUCGUAAAUUCAGUCCGGAUAUUGUCAA